UCCCCACGGCGACCAUCAUUGGUGGUCCGGAUUUACACGUCGACAAGGGCAGCACCAUCAAUUUGACCUGUGCCGUCAAGUACAGCCCGGAACCACCGGCAUACAUUUUCUGGUACCACCACGACGAGGUCAUCAGUUACGACUCGAGCCGCGGUGGCGUGUCUGUUAUUACCGAGAAGGGAGAUGUUACCACAUCCCACCUGCUAAUCCAGAAUGCUGACUUGGACGAUUCCGGCAAAUACAGCUGUUCGCCGUCCAAUGCAGAUGUGGCCAGCGUGCGGGUUCACGUGUUGAACGGCGAACAUCCAGAGGCAAUGCAAACUGGAGCCGCUUCUCAGCUUGGCAAGCGGCAAGGUUUCCCAUUUCUGCUGGUGAUCUCCUUCGGAACCAUACUCACCAGUUGGCUGCUUCUGAUCCGAUGGCAGAUGAAUGGUAUUCGAUUGGCAAUUUCGCCCUGUUGGUCACGACGGUUCACAAGCGAUGAGUGGAAAUCCCCCAACAGCCAUUUGUCUCGGCAGUUCGAUGGUACACCGGUUCGACAACGAAAAAAACAAUCCUCAACACAGCCAUCGCCACCAUUGAUGGCGGCUAGUGCUGAGUUGAAUGUCGAAAGCACCUAUCCACCCAGUCGUCAGUGGAGUGGUAGAUGAUAGAACAUCGCCAUUGGAAGCUAUAGUAACAUUGCCGGAGAGCCUAGCCAGCAGACAGCCACCCACAUAGCACCACCCCACCAGGAAUCAACAUCACCAUCGAUGUGGUAUCCCUCGGAACGAAGAAGGCAUCAAGACGAGUUGUAAAAAAAUGUAGACAAAAUUACACAAGCGUUGUGCAAUCUGAGAAAAUUCCUCUUCGCAAAACCGCAUUUAGCAAAAAAAAUGUGCAAUCUCAGGAUGACAUUUUUAUGCAAGUGUAAAGUGUUCCGUUCAGCAUUAAGAUGUGAUGAAAAUUUCCACCUUUUCUUCGACUAAAAUUUAUUUGAAAGUUAAAUAGGUUCAAAAUUUGUCGUAGAUUGCAUAAAAAUGCUAUUCCUGCUAGGCAUGAUAACCGCACACUAAACCGUACUUGAUUACGCUGUGAAACACAGAAGAGGGAAUACGAGAAAGAAAAAUCUGUUUUCGUUUUUCAUUGCCUUUUCCAUCGGAAAAAAGAACCGAAUGGAAAUAAAAUACAUAGACGAAGUAUGAAAGUAACAAAUAUCCGUAGGUAUCAUCCUCAUUCCUCUGUUGGAUUACUGACGGGGGGCGAGAGUAAAAAAGGAUUGAACAAGUUUGUAAAAAGUGCAUUCCAAAAUGAAAGUUAAGAGAAAAUAAGAGCAAAGGACAUUUUUUUUAUUCCGCAAAUGUUUCGCUGAUGAGUUUGCAACAAGGUCAGUGAAAGACUGCAUCGUAUAAACAAUUUCAUUCAGUUCUUUACGUUUGUUAGGUUUAAUUACAGAAACGGUCCAGAGCUGAACAAUUUCAGUGGUGUCAGCUGAUAGUUGAUAUCCUCCUGCAUUGAGCCUUUUCGGAGGAAUAUCAAUUCAAUAGUAACAUUUCACUUACUGAACGAUAGUGUACUAAAUUAUUCAAGCAAGAAAAUUUAAAGAUGAUGAUGGUGGAUAUAAGAUAGAAUGUCGGACCAAGGUUGGACUAUCGUCGGACCAAUAUCGGGUAAUGUUGGAUCAAUAUCUGACUAAUGUCAUUCCAACGUAGGACCAUACCGUCAUAGGACUUGACGAUGGGAAAACUAUCCUUUUAAAUGUGUUCGAGAUCAUGGUCGUAUCCAUCACAAAAAGUUUGUUUUCUAGACACAGGAGAUCUCUUGUAAAAUCAUAAGUUUUUCGUGAAAUUAUUCACGAACACAAAUUUGGAUCUUCUAGGAACAUUGCCACGAGUAGGAGUAGACCUUGUAGAAUUUGAGACCAGAGAUUUGCUUGAAAUUCUCAGGGUUGUUUACUUGCUCGGUAACUUGCGUGCGGUACAGCAUUCAGUUUUUUCGUGAAAUCAUAAUCCGAGGUACUGGGAUCAGCCUUGAUUUUUUGAAUGACCUGCAACCGGAGUUGACAGUAAACGGCUCCACUCCGACACUCGGGUUGCACUUUUCUCCUUCUGCAUGAGAAAUAUCUCGGAACUACGUGACGAAUUACUCUAAAAUAAAUAGCUAUCAUAUUCGACCACUGGGAGCGCUGUUAUCACCAAAUUUAAGUUUCUCAUUUUUAGCUCUUAGAACUAAAUAUUUUCAGGUCAUCACGAUGACACCAUAGAGAAAUUUUACAAACAAAACGGCUUGUAUCGAAUGCACCAAAGAUCGAUUGUCCUAGGUGCCUUUCUUGAGUGAAACUACAUUUGAAAUUUCAUCUAAGAUUGAGCCGACCCUAUAUGGAAAAUUAUCGGAUUUCAACCAACUGACCAACAACUGGAAAACACAGCAUGUUGUCGCAUAUCAACAGCUACUUGGACUUGUGCUAAUUUUCCUCUUAUUUCUUCUUUUGGUGUAUUUCUGGAAAUACCACCUCGAAAGGGGAAACUGGCCUCAAGGGAUCAGCUGGAAUUCUCUUAACAUCUUGAUCUGUAUUUCAUGAAACGAGGAAUUUACUUCAAUCAAUGAAAGCCAAAGGAUCAAUUUGAAGGUUACCUCGGCCUAGUAGACCAUCUGAAAAUUUUAAUAAAAAGUCUACUGACUGACGGCAUUUGUUUAGAUAAAUGGUAGCUGGUAUUCGCGUAUCUUCUCAGUUUGGCAAAAAACAGCAAUCAUGCAAAUAAAUAUUGUUAUACGCUGUUGUCGAAAAUUCGGCAUAUAUAUUAGACCGGCAACUUUUUUCAUUUUUUCGGAACACUGCUAAAUGAAGUUGUAAUUAGCUCUACAAACCAUAUGCAAAAUAUGGGUAUUUUUCUGUACCUCUGGUUCAUUCACAAGAGUUUAAAUGUUUCUAUGGUGAAAUAUAUGGAAAAUCGGAAAUAAAAAAUCAAAAUAUAAUAUAAAUUCCCAAAGCUAUUCUGCAUACCUAAAAUUUUCAUAUAGUGUAAAAUUGUUAACCCUAGAACGUUGUACUAGGGUACAAAUGUACCUCACGCCUUCUUUGGAGCCGUGUGAAGAGGAGAAUUCGGCAUUUACCGACCUGGGACCUUAACCAUAAUUCAGGAAGCAGGAGUCAAAGUUGGCGUGGGGUACAUUUGUACCCUAGUGUACGGUUGACGUUAGUGUUUCGUCAGAUUUCGUGCUGUCGGUGGAAAUGUGACUCGUGACAGUACCAGUUUAAAUACUGGUUGUUUUAUUACGUAAGUAACAAUUAGUAUUAUGUAAUCGUUUUUAAUCAUUUAUUCAAUAAAUUUAAAUUAAUUUUGAAGUAGUAAAAUUUAUUAAAUUCAUUCUCAGUUACGCAGUUUUUUUUCUCUUUUAUAGUUUAUUAAAAUAAUACCUCGCAAGUAUAAUUUGCGCGCUGUAACUGCUAUAACAGUAACGUAGCGUGUAACCAAUGUAUUGCAUUUCAGAAAUAUUUUUUUCAUUUCAAUUUCCAUCCAUUUCGUGGUAUUUUCCAAAACCCUAUUUUUCAGCAUUCACUCUUCCAAAUAACUGUACUUUUUCGAAAACAUCGAAAUUCCAUUUUAUACUGUUUCUAGACCAUUCUUUCAACUUUUAGAAUCGUUUGAUGUUUUUCAAAUCAGUUGAAAAUUCGCAAAGUUAUGGUAAUUUUUGUGUAAAAUGUCACAUCCAGGAUUCUUUCACUUUUUUGUUAUUUAAACCAAAUUAUGUAUCAUUGAUUCCACAAAUUCCGUACUUUCACUUACACAACUGUUUUCGCAAUUAAAAAACGAAGAAAAUUUUUGAAAAUGUCCUAUUCUAAAUUUGUGCGAGAAACUGAGGAUAACAUUAUAUCAGAAUAUCUUUUCAACCUAAAGUCAGAUCUACUUGCUGUCUUCUGCAAUGUUGAACCCUUCAUCGUCAGCUAUACAUCUAGAGGAUUUUUAGGAACCAUACGAUAAUGUUGGCAUUUUUUACUGAAUUUGUUAAUUCCAUUACCGAUAUUUCAUAUAUUUUUACAUUCACAUAUUUUUACAUGCAAACUUAAAUAUUUGAAAUGGAGCUUCUGCAGCUAAUUACCGUUCAAUUGAGUGCUGUUUCGAAAAAAAAGUCAAUUUUCGUGCCGCUCUAAAGUAUAUGUUGUGACGUUGAGCGUAAACCAGUGCAUGCUAAUGAAUCGAAUCAAUUUUCAUCCACUUUAGCGAUUAUUUCACGGCCCCUUUGUGGAAUAGAAACUUCCACAAUUAUAAUAAGAUUGCUAAAUCAUGCAAUUUUCAAAACCCUACUUGAUGCUGGCGCUGAUGAUGAUGAUGAUAAUGAUAACUCAGGUUGUUAUCCAUUUGGUCACUUUAAAAGUUUAAAAUUCAAAAUUUAAACCUAAAAAUUUUCCCCUGGACACUCUGGUGACAAUUGAGGCAUGAAACAGAAAACUAUUCAUGCAAUCGGUGAAAGCAAAUUGAAAACUCAUUGAGAUCGUGAAAUUUCUUGUAGUAUACAGCAAAGUAUGAUCAGCCAAAUAAAUAAAAAAAAUAAAAUCAGAACAAGAUUUUGAAUUUCUUCUUUAACAUUUACAACUUAAAAUCAAAUUAAGAUUUCAUAAGAUACACACCAAAAAAAUCUGAAUUUUAUCGUUAACGUAAUUGCAAACAUGCCACAAUUCAACAAACCGUAAUUUACGAAAUGACAGAACAUUACCGUGUUCCAUUUAAUUUUACAUGAAACAUAUACUUUACAUGCGCAAUGACUUAAAAUUACACUUUCUACCAUUCAGAACAAACGCUGUAUGUGGAGUAAAAUUACAUGAUUUACGAAAUUAAACGUCAUGUAAAAUUAAAAUCAAACGUAAAACUAAGUCAUUUUUGAUGCUCGUAUAUGUCAUGGUCAGGAGACGUAAAUUUACACUAUUUUUUCUAGGUGUGUACCAUUAAAAUGUUAUGUCGUCUUUCUGUAAUUCCAAUGUUAGAUUUUAAUCGGGAAGCAGCACGCUUAUACAGGGUGUUUGGUUCAUGGUUAAGAAUCUCUCGGGGGGUAAUAGACUGCCAUAUUUGAAGAAAAAAAUUGUUCUACACAUACCAUCAACCGUUACAGAGUUAUUGAACUUUUUGUGUAAAAACUUAUUUGUCUUAAAAUACCUCUAACUUUAAAAGUAUACUUUGUAUUUUAAAUGUUUCAGUUCCAUUCGAAAGGUGAAAAAAUUUACUAAUGAAUGGUGUUCUCAUAUCUUUUAAGUAAUUUGUUUUAAUUACCUUUUAGCUGUAAAGUAGUUAAAAGUUAGUGUUUUUGAGGAGGUUUUUGCUAAUUUUCUCGAAAUAAUGAAGUAUUAUUAUAGCAAUAUCCAUUAUCCAAAAGUUGGGUUUUAGGACGAUUCAUAAUUUGUUCUUGGACGUCAUAUUUCUAUCUCUUCUCAUUUCUUUGUAAUUUCAUUACUAUACUUUUCCUGUAACCGACUUGCAAGUGCUUAAAAGAAUCUAAUCUGAAAAAUAUGCUUUAUAUCGUUAUUUACAAGAUUUCAUUGGAAAGCUGAGAAAAUGUCCUAUCAGUGUACAAAUAUCAUUUAGUUAAGUGUACUAAAUGAUUUUUUACUAACGAAAUAACUCAAAAUAUGUGUUUUUUGGAGUUUUUUUAAUUAUUCUAAUUAUUAAUGAAAUUGUUUAAUUUUCAAUAAAUUACUUUGAAAAGACUACUUAAACUCAUUAGCUGAAACAUGUGAGGGCGUCACUCAAUUCGAAAUUUUCUCACCUUUCGAAUGGAACUGAAACAUUUAAAUUACAAAGUAUACUUUUAAAGUUAGAGGUAUUUUAAGACAAAUAAGUUUUUUUUACUAAAAGUUCAAUAACUCUGUAACGGUUGAGAUUUGAUGGUAUGUGUAGAACAAUUUUUUUCUCCAAAUAUGUCAGUCUAUCACCCCCCGAGAGAUUCUUAACCAUGAACCAAACACCCUGUAUAUUAACACUACUGAAAAUAUUUCCUAGCCGACUAACUGAAACAAAGUGUUAAGUGAACGAGCUAGUGUGCAUUGUUUCAAGAACAAAAUUAUUGUAAUAGUUUUCGAAAUAGCGCUGCAUCGACCCAACACCUCGGUCGUUGACUUCUAAUUUGUUACUAAACGACUGAAUCUUCGUGAGUUGGAGUGUUUUCUGACGGUGAAAGUGAAGCUUAGGUUUAUGGAAGUCGACUAUCUUCAGUA